GGUUGAAUUGCCUUUCAGGCAUCAGAUGGAUCCUCACAGCAUCAUCUCGCCCUUUUCCUUGCCCCUGCCAGGUUCUCCCUUCAUCAACGCCAUCAUCCAUAAAGGCUUCGAUGAGCGCCACGCCUACAUCGGGGGCAUGUUCGGGGCCGGCAUCUACUUCGCAGAGAACUCCUCCAAAAGCAACCAGUACGUUUACGGGAUAGGCGGAGGCACGGGUUGUCCCACCCACAAAGACCGCUCCUGCUACGUUUGUCACAGGCAGAUGUUGUUCUGCAGAGUGACGCUGGGGAAGUCUUUUCUUCAAUUUAGUGCCAUGAAGAUGGCCCACGCGCCCCCCGGACAUCACUCGGUCAUUGGGCGGCCCAGUGUCAAUGGGCUGGCUUAUGCGGAGUACGUCAUCUACAGAGGAGAGCAGGUGUGUACAUGCACGUCUUAAUGGUUUGUAAUGCUU